AUGCCAAGUCUCUCCAGGCGUGGAGAUAUUAUGAUUGGAGGGAUUUUCCCCGUUUUCAACAAGCAAGACUAUAUGAACCCAUCAUACCAAGCUAAGCCCUCUCCAGCGAAGUGCAUCGGAUUCGACCUUCGAGCCUUUCGGUGGACACAGAUGAUGAUGUUUGCCAUCGAUGAAAUUAACAACAGCAAUACCUUACUGCCCAAUGUAUCGCUGGGAUACCAGAUUUAUGAUUCCUGUGCUUCACCAACCAGAACUCUGCAAGCCACACUCACAUUAUUAGAUGGGCAGAAGAAAGAAGAGGAGGCUCCACAGGCAUGUUAUCCACCAUUAUCAGCGGUCAUUGCAGAGUCAGGUUCAUCACAGUCUAUUGCAGUAGCCGGGUUGCUUGGCCCCUUCCAUGUGCCAAUGGUCAGCUACUUCUCCACAUGUGCCUGCCUGAGCAACAAGAGGAAAUACCCCACGUUUUUCCGGACCAUUCCAAGUGAUUAUCACCAGGCAAAGGCUCUGGCAUUUCUCGUCAAGCGAUUUGGGUGGACUUGGAUUGGUGCCAUUCAGUCUGAUAAUGACUAUGGCCGGAAUGGGAUCCAGUCCUUCACUGAGGAAGUGCAAAAAAUGGGAGUGUGCCUUGCUUUUAUAGGGACGGUUCUGAGGACUUACCCCAGGAAUAAAAUACUCAAGGUUGUUGAAACGAUUAAACAAUCCGAUGUAAAAGUCAUCCUGGCGUUCGUUCCGGAAGGUGAUCUCUACCCUCUAAUGCAGGAGGUGGUCCUUCAGAACAUCACAGGCAUCCAGUGGAUAGCAAGUGAAGCCUGGAUAACUGCAGCUCGACCUUCCACCCCAGAAAAUUUUCAGUCUUUUGGUGGUGCCAUUGGAUAUGUGACACGGAAAAUGGCAAUACCAAAACUGAGAGAUUUCCUGGUUAACAUAAGACCCACCCUUGACCCAGAAGUUGGUUUUGUAAAUGACUUCUGGGAAUCUAUGGUGGGCUGUGACCCACGUUUGAAAUAUGGGGCCGGCGAAUCCAGAGCUUGCACCGGGAAUGAGACGUUGGAUCAGUCACAGAACCCUUUCUUCAACGUCACAGAGCUGAGGGUGACCUACAAUGUGCACAAAGCUGUGUAUGCUAUCGCCCACUCCCUUCAUGAGCUGAUUUUUUGUAAGACGCAAAGUCCAGAUGGUGCCUCCAGUCUCUGUGUAAAUGUCUCACAAAUUGAGCCCCAGCAGGUCACAAAUUAUCUCAAGAAAGUGCAUUUCAUAAACAGUUUUGGGGAAAUGGUGUUUUUUGAUGAGAAUGGAAAUCCCCCUCCUUCCUAUGAUAUUGUCAACUGGCAGCUUAUUGGUGGAAGGGUCCAGCAUGUGACCGUGGGUCAUUUUGGCCCAGCCCCCAAUGGCAGCUAUGAGCUGCAAAUCAAAGACAACGACAUCAUCUGGCAUACAGGCAAACUGGUUCCUGCAGGAUUCUGCUCAGCCAUCUGCCCUGUUGGUAAGAGAAAAGCGCAGAUCAAAGGCAGAGCGGUGUGCUGUUUCGACUGCAUCCCCUGUGCUGACGGUACAAUCGCUAACACCACAGGUGCAAGUGACUGUACUCCAUGUCCAGAAACCUACUGGUCCAGUGACUUGAAGGACCGGUGCAUCCCUAAGGAAAUGGAGUUCCUGUCCUACAGAGACACCAUGGGCAUCACACUCACAGCCUUGUCCUUGUGUGGUGCCUGCCUGGCUUUCGUGGUCAUGGCCGUCUUCGCUCGCUUCAGGGACACGCCAGUGGUGAAGGCCAACAACUCGGAGCUGAGCUCUCUGCUGCUACUCUCCCUGCUACUCUGCUUCCUGUGCCCCUUCGCCUUCAUCGGCAGGCCGACGGCUUCCUCCUGCAUGCUGCGUCACACCGCUUUCGGGGUGACCUUUGCCCUCUGUAUCUCCUGCGUGCUGGGCAAGACCAUGGUGGUCGUGGCGGUAUUCAGGGCAAACCUCCCCAAUAACAAUAUGGCCAGGAAGUUCGGCCCCGCCCAGCAGAGGGCGAUAGUGUGCUUGUGUACAGCAGUGCAAAUCCUCAUCUGUUCUCUGUGGCUCAGUCUAAAACCACCCUUUCCUGAACAGAACCUGAGACUCAGCAACAAAAAGAUCAUUCUAGAAUGUAACCCGGGAUCUGAAACCGCCUUUUAUGCAGUGUUGGGUUAUAUAGGUCUCUUGUCAGCUGUCUGUUUCAUGCUGGCUUUUCUGGCCAGGAAGCUGCCUGACAAUUUUAACGAAGCCAAGUUCAUUACCUUCAGUAUGCUCAUAUUUUGCGCUGUCUGGCUUACUUUCAUUCCAGCGUACGUAAGCUCGCCUGGAAAAUACACAGUGGCAGUUGAAAUAUUUGCGAUCUUGUCCUCCACAUUUGGAUUACUAGCCUGUAUCUUUGUUCCGAAAUGUUAUAUAAUUUUACUUAAACCAGAAAGAAAUACAAGGAGACAUGUUAUGGGGAAAAUGUCCUCAAAACAUCUAUGA